UUUGAUUUCAAUUCCUUCUGUCACUUCUGCAUCGACUUCUUCACCGUGAUUAACAUCCAGGGGUUGCGUGUGAUUUCACGUUUAUUUGUUUACUCUGAACAGGCUCGUAGUAUAUACCAAAAGGUGCUUGUGAUCAAGGUAACGUGAGGGUUAUUACACAUGUAGGGUUUCGGGGGAUUGUUCUGUUUUGUUCACCUGAAAUCACUGUGACCUAAGAGGUAACAAACCCAUAUGUCUCGUGGUGCUCUUUGUUUUAAAAGAUGGUACUUUAUCUGUAGUCCGUGACAGAUACUUCUCCAGAGAACCGGACUGCUGUCUUUGACAUGAGCUAUCACACUCUUGUUAUGGAUGAAGAUGGAGGGGAUGUCCGUUCUGGGUGCAUUGAGGGAUUGGCUAAAGAGUAUCAAAAUAAUGCUCAAGCAAAUCUUCAUAUGAAAAAUAAAAAAGGUGGCAAGGAAGUUGUAUGUUCCAAUUGCUUGGGUGGUGGAGUACUUUUAUGUUGCUCUGGAAAAGGAUGCCAGAAGAGGUACCACCCCUCUUGUGUGGAUCCUCCUCUGAAGUACAUUCCUUUGAGGUUUUGGCAUUGUAUCUGGUGCACUAAGAAAAAAAUAGAGUUUGGCGUGCAUUCUGUUUCUGAAGGAGUGAAAUCCAUCUUGGAUUCUAGAGAAGUGGUUUCAAAUAAUAAAGUAAGUAGCAUGUUGCUAGUGAUGCAAAGGGAGUACUUUGUCAAAUAUCAAGGUCUUGCUCAUGCUCACAACCGCUGGAUUACAGAAUCAACAAUGCUUCUUGAGGCUCCUAAGCUCUUGGCCAAGUUUAAAAGUAAACCGCAGGUUAGCUGGUGGAAAAGAGAUUGGAGUAUACCUCACCGCUUACUCCUUAAAAGAGAAAUUGUGCAUUUUGGUGGGCAUGGUGACAAUGAUUCAAUUUGCUGUUAUGAGUGGCUUGUCAAAUGGACCGGUCUUGGUUAUGAUAAUGCCACAUGGGAGUUACAAGAUGCUUCGUUUUUGACAUCAGCGAAAGGCAGGAAACUCAUUCGUGAUUAUGAAAGUCGUCGAAAGGGAGUUGAUAAACUGUCAAAAAGACAUUUUGAAGACAAUGAGGAGACAAAAACUUUCAUUGUCGAAUUGUCAGUGUUGCCGUUUGGAGAUUCACCAGGACUUUAUAACCAAUAUUUGAGUUAUGUGAACAAGCUUCGCAUGUGUUGGUACAAAGGCCAAAAUGCUCUUAUUGUAGAUGAUCAAAUUGACCAGGAGCGCAUUAUAAAAGUGAUUUUGUUUGUAUUAUCUUUGAAUUGCAAUAGCAAGAGGCCUUUUCUCAUCAUCUCAACUUCUACUGCCCUCUCUGUAUGGGAAGCAGAGUUCUUACAUUUGGCACCAUCUGCCAAUCUCGUAGUUUACAAGGGAAAUAGAGAUGUACGGAGUGGCAUCAGGGCAUUAGAGUUUUACAGUGAAGAAAAUGGUAUAUUAUUUCAAAUACUGUUGUCAUCUUCUGAUAUUGUUGUUGAGGACUUACAUGAACUAAGAUGCAUUCCAUGGAAAGCGAUAAUAAUUGAUGAAUGCCAGCAAUCCAGAAUUUCAGGACACUUGGACCAUAUCAAGACUUUAAACACUGAAAUGAAGCUCCUUCUUGUUAGUGGACAAAUAAAGGAAGAUCGAUAUGAUUAUAUCAAACUGCUUUCAUUCCUCAAGUCUGCACAUCAUGGACCAAGUAUUGCUCGAAUGGAAACUUCUUUCAGUGCUAGCAUUUCCAAUUUGAAGAGCCAAUUGGAAAAAUAUGUUGUAUUUAAAUGCAAAUCUGGCUCUACUAGGUUUGUAGAGUAUUGGGUUCCUGCCUGCCUUUCUCAUUUGCAGCUUGAACAGUAUUGUUCAAUGCUGCUUUCAAACUUAAUUUUGUUAUGCUCAGGCCAGAAGUCCGACACACUUGGUGCGCUCCAUGAGCUUAUUAUCUCAACAAGGAAGUGCUGUGACCACCCUUAUCUCCUGGAGCCGGCACUGCAUAAUUCUGUUGCUAAGGGUCUACCUGUUGAAGAACAUCUAGAUAUUGGCAUAAAAGCAAGCGGAAAACUGCUACUUCUUGAAAAAAUUCUUUUGGAAGCAAAAAGUCGUGGGUUAAGGGUGUUAAUAUUGUUCCAGUCAUCUUGUGGUUCUGGAUCGAUUGGAGAUAUUUUGGAUGAUGUUCUCUGUCAGAGAUUUGGUAUAGAUUGCUAUGUGCGAUAUGAUAGAGCUUAUACCCCUAAAACAAAGGAAGCUGCUUUAGACACAUUUAAUGAUAGAGACAGUGGUAAAUUUGUCUUCUUGAUGGAAAACCGUGCUUGUCUCCCUAGUGUUAAGCUUUCUUCAGUGGACAUUGUUAUAUUGUUUGACAGUGAUUUUGACCCACAAAAUGACCUAAGAGGUUUACAAAGGAUGUCUAUCAGCACACAGUUGAAACAAUUAACCGUUUUCAGAUUGUACUCAUAUUACACUGUUGAAGAAAAGAUUUUAAUGCUUGCAAAGGAGGGUAUAUCACUUGACAGUAACGUGCGGUUGAUUAGUCAUAGUAUUUCUCACACUCUUCUAAAAUGGGGCACCUCUCAUCUGUUCAAUAAGCUGGAUGAUUUACAUGCCAGUGUAACUGCUGUUUCUACUCCAGACAUUGCAGAUCAAACUCUUCUGCAUGAUGUACUCUGUGAAUUAUCAUCCCAAUUGGUUUGUGAUGCUGAUGAUAUUGAUUGUCAUGAAUUGUCAUUCAUAUCAACAAUACAGCAGAAUGGAGGGGAAUAUUCGAGGAACAUUUUAUUGCUAGGAGAAAGAAUAAUGAAGGAACUGGGCAGUGAGCCAAGUGCUUUUUCCUGGAGUGAUCUUGAAGCAAAGUAUCCUCAAUGGAAAUUUUUGUCUGUUUCGUCUCAGAGGAUGAGGAGUAGGGUCAAACAUUCUGAUUACAUAAUAAAUGAAUCUGAAUGUGAAGGUCAUACAAUUAUGGGAAAGAGGACAGCAUCGAAUGCUUCCAAGAAGAGUAAAGUGUCCAAGGAUAAUUUUGAUCAUAAUUUGAGGAAGCUGGCCAAGGAUAAAGUUGAGCCCGAGAGGAGGAAAGUAUCCAAAGACAUUGUUGAAACAGAGGGGAUGGAACCGUCAAAUCAUGCCAUUGAUCCUAAGACUAGGAAGGUGUUCAAUGGUAUUGUUAAAUCUGGUGGCAGGAAAAUGUCCAAGAAAAUUCGUGAUUCCAAAUAUCGGAAAUCAAGAUUGAGGAACAAGAAGAAUUCAAGUGUUUCCAAUAGUACUAGUAAAUCAAAUGGUACAAAUGGUUUGUCUAGUCUACUUGAUUCCUCAGGGCAUCCUUUGGCCAAUGAAACUACGGGAGAAACUACUACAAACAUUCAACUUUCAGAGAAAAGGAAACUGCUUGAUGGACCAAAUAGUAUCAAAUUCUUGCCAAAGUCGGAUAUUUCAGGUCUUUGUGAAAUUCUACAUUUUCCGAAAAAUGUCAAGGUUGUUGCCCAGAGGAUUCUUGAGCACAUAUUCAAACAGUACAAUGUUAAUUUCCAAGAAGUUUCUACUGUACAGGCUUUUGAAAUAUCUGUGUGUUGGCUAGCAGCUUCUUUGUUGAAACAUGACAUUGAUAAGAAGGUUUCACUCACUCUAGCAAAACUGUACUUGAAUUUCAAUUGCAAUGAAGAGGAAGCCACCAAUGUCUACUCAGAACUUUGGAAACAUGCAAAGACAAUAUCUAAUUAUAUACAAAAUGGACUGUGUGUUGAGAACUAUAGUAUAAAUGACAUGCCCGAGCUGAAUGAUUUGACCAAGGUGAAGCAGAAGGGUUUUCUGGAUACUCGUGUUACAAAACUCACGAAAUCUGUCACAAAAGAACAUGAUCUUCAAAUGAAAUCUCCCACAACAGUGGUUUCAUGUGACCAGACUUCUACUUAUGAAAUUUGUUCAUUUCCAAAGACACCCGCUAGUUUUCCUGUGAAAGCAAUUGCUCUCUCCUCGGAGUCUGGCUCAGAAAACGACGUCAUGGAAUCUACACCCUUAAUAACUUCAGAAGAUUCAGCUCUUGAGCACGGGGGCAAUGAUGUCAACCCUCGUACUGAUUAUUUGGAAAAACAGAGUCCUAUUAGAAGUACAGAUAUUACACAAUCUGAUGGCAAAGUUUUUGAAGAUCCUCAAAUUUUAGUGAAUGAAUUGGUUGCUAUUGAGAAUUUUAUGAAUAUGCCUAUUCAUUCUUUGCAGCUUGACAGUGAUGAUGCAAAUGCGGUAACUUCUAUUGGUUCUGCUGUUCCCGAGGCCAGACAGUGGGGCAGUAUAAUGAGUCCUGUAUGUGAUGAGUCAACUGGUCCGAAGUUUGCUGAGACAACCUUUCCAAAUACACAACCAUCGGAUGCUAAUUUGUGGUCGUUGCCUCUGAUGGCAAUGUCUGAUAUUCCAUCUUUUCCGGAGCACAAUUCAGCUAGUGCUGUCACGCCUCUAGAUGAUAUUUUUAAUCAUAGUCGUGAAGAUCAUUGUUACAUUCACGAGGCUGAAGUAAUAUUGGAAGCACCAAACAACACUGUGGAACCAGUUAACUCUUCCUUUGGUUCACCUGUGAUACUGAAACCCUUCACAAGUGUGCCCAUGAAUGAAAAUAUGACACAUGUACCUGACAGCUUUACUAUUCCUGGAUAUAUGAACAGUGAUUCUAUUCAACAUCACUACGUGGCAUCUGAAAUAUCCGACGAUGUCUAUCUAGACUCACUACUGGAUGAAAUGGAGAUAACAGAGAACACAAAUGAAGAAGCCUUCAUAGAUCCACUACUAAUUGCAAUGGAGAGAAUAGAGAAGGAUAAAGAAGAAGCCUUCAAGAUACAUGAGAAGAAGAUAUUGCAGCUCCGAUCUGAAUAUGAAUUGGAAGUUGAAAAAUUGAGUGAAAAGUACAGGAUUUUGCUUCAGAAUGUUGAUACUGAAGUAGCACUCAAAAAAAUGGAAUUUGAGACACAAUGUAAAUUAGUGUCAAGCAGUGAGGAAUUAGCUGAAAUUUGGAUCCAUAUGCUUGAUGAUUGUGAAAUGGCUGUGGGAUAAUGCUCAGAACAAGAGGGAAUACCCAGUUCUCAUCAAGUCCACUCAAAAUUAACCCAUCUUUGUUGACUCCUACUGUGAUGGUCUUGGACAAUCCUUGGCCAUCCAGAAGAAAUCAUGGUCAUUUCUCGGACAAGACAGCCAUUCCAGAAGAAAUCAACCCCCUAAGAGCACGCUUUGAUCCCAUGAUUCAGUUGUGCAAGAUUUCCCAUGAUGGCUAUGGUGUACUUGUCCCCUCUGCAGCUGCUUCAUCUUAUGCAGCAAUUUCCCUUGACAUUAUGUACAAUUGCAACCUUAGUAUCAUUUAGAAGAACCAAGUCAAACAUGCUGGUAGGGCGUGUCCUGUAAAACUAACUAUAUGUACCUACCUCACUAGGCUGAUGUAUUUGUUCACCAAAUUUUGAACCACAGUGAUCGUCUGGUGAAAUGAAUGUAAAUAUGCUAUAUCACUGAACAACUUUCAAAAUUGUCUUUGUUAUGUGCUCCCCAGCA